GAAAUCCCGCGACAAUCAGCGGAGGUGGCCAAAAGGAGAGGGGAACGCUUCUCUUUUGGAGGCAGUCUCCCAGGGUGGGGCGGGGGAAACGGACCGGAAGUGACGAAGGCGAGUUCCGGUUGGCCGGAGCCCAGCGGCGGGUGUGAGAGUGGGUCGGAAGCCGCUUCCAGGAUCCGGAGAUCCGGAGAAGCUGGAGUCAGAGCGGUAGCUCCUCAAGAGUUACUGAUCUAUGAAAUGGCAGAGAAUGGAAAAAAUUGUGACCAGAGACGUGUAGCAAUGAACAAGGAACAAUAUAAUGGAAACUUCACAGAUUCCUCUUCGCUGAGUGAAAAGAAAAGGAGGGAUCGGGAAGAAAGGCAGAAUAUUGUCCUGUGGAGACAGCCACUCGUUACCUUGCAGUAUUUUUCUCUGGAAAUCCUAGUAAUCUUGAAGGAAUGGACCUCAAAAUUAUGGCAUCGUCAGAGCAUUGUGGUGUCUUUUUUACUGCUGCUUGCUAUGCUUACAGCUACGUAUUAUGUUGAAGGAGCACAUCAAAAGUAUGUGCAACGUAUAGAGAAACAGUUCCUUUUGUAUGCCUACUGGAUAGGCUUAGGAAUUUUGUCUUCUGUUGGGCUUGGAACAGGGCUGCACACCUUUCUGCUUUAUCUGGGUCCACAUAUAGCUUCAGUUACAUUAGCUGCUUAUGAAUGCAAUUCAGUUAAUUUCCCUGAACCACCCUAUCCUGAUCAGAUUAUUUGUCCAGAUGAAGAGGGCAUUGAAGGAACCAUUUCUUUAUGGAGCAUCAUCUCAAAAGUUAGGAUUGAGGCCUGCAUGUGGGGUAUCGGUACAGCAAUCGGAGAGCUGCCUCCAUAUUUCAUGGCCAGAGCAGCUCGCCUCUCAGGUGCUGAACCAGAUGAUGAAGAGUAUCAGGAAUUUGAAGAGAUGCUGGAACAUGCAGAGGCUGCACAAGACUUUGCCUCCCGGGCUAAACUGGCAGUUCAAAACCUAGUACAGAAGGUUGGAUUUUUUGGAAUUUUGGCCUGUGCUUCAAUUCCAAAUCCUCUAUUUGAUCUGGCUGGAAUAACAUGUGGACACUUUCUUGUACCUUUUUGGACUUUCUUUGGUGCAACUCUGAUUGGAAAAGCAAUAAUUAAAAUGCAUAUCCAGAAAAUCUUCGUUAUCAUAACAUUCAGCAAACAUAUAGUGGAGCAAAUGGUGGCUUUCAUUGGUGCUGUCCCCGGCAUAGGUCCAUCUCUGCAGAAGCCAUUCCAGGAAUACCUGGAGGCCCAGCGGCAGAAGCUUCACCACAAAAGCGAAAUGGGCACACCGCAGGGAGAAAACUGGUUGUCCUGGCUGUUUGAGAAGUUGGUCGUUAUAAUGGUGUGUUACUUCAUCCUGUCCAUCAUUAACUCCAUGGCACAAAGUUAUGCCAAACGAAUCCAGCAGCGGUUGAACUCAGAGGAGAAAACUAAAUAAGCAGAAAAAGUUUUUAACUGCAAAAAUUAAUACGGACGGGUUCUGCCUUAAAUUGGGAGGACUCCAAACCAGGAAGGAAAAUUCCCUUUUCCGACCUGUAUCAAAUUUUUUUUCCCCCUGAAAGCAGUUUAGCCCAUAUUUUGCACUGACAUACUUUUCCUUUGUGUGUUAAGGUAAGGUAUCCACCCUCAGUUCAAUCCAAGUUGUAUUUUAUUAGGGUGGAAUGUGAUGGUCAGCAGCAAAUUUAACAGAAACUGGCCUUCUAUUUGUUACUUUCAAAGGUCCACAUGGUACGAUUAAAGAAUUCCGGACACCAAAAAAAAAAAAAGUUCCUAAUACGUUAAAUAUGUCAGGCUUUUCUGGUUGUAACAAAUGACUUCUUUGUUUUUCUAAGUCAUCAAAAUGUAUAUAAAUUAUACUAGAUUGGAUACCAGUCGUGCAUGUCUAUCAUGGUAAAAUUUAAUAUGCCAUCCUGCCCAGUCUUUCCCACCUUUGAAAAAAGGCCAUUUUAUGAUGCGUUGCACACCCUCUUGGGAAACUGAUCUUUAAAUUUUGAGACAGUAUAAGGAAAAUCUGGUUGGUGGCUCACAAAUGAGCUGACACCAUUUUUUAUUCUGUAUAUUUAGAAUGAAGUCAUGAAAAACUUUAUAAAGACACCUUUGAUCAUUCCAAAAUUGUGUCCGUUUUCUUGAGCGUUUUGAUUUUUUUUACUUCCUUUUAACCUCUACCAGCUAAAUGCAGCCUUACCAAAUUCACCUACCACCACAAUUUCUUAAGCCUUUAUUUAUUUGAGUGAAAGAGCUACCACCGAGGCAUUUUUUGCUAGGAUGGGACUGCUCAGUAGCUACACGCUGAGGAAAUGGCGCCUUGGGGACUGGCGUAUUGAGGGGAUUUCUUUGUGAAAACAGAAGAGAUGAUAAAGGACACUGGAGAGAAUGAUAACUUUAAAGAAAAAAAAAAGACCUUUCUCAUAUCCAUUUUUAAUUUAGCACUUACUCUGGUUUUAACAGACAGAAAUUUACUUUUAUGUGUAACCUAAUUUUCUUGUCUUCAGUGUGUGUUUUGUCCUUAUGUGAUUUUACCUCUGGGAUGUUUCUGGUUGAACUUGCUCAUCUUGUUUUGCUUGGGAAAAAAAUAAACAAUUUUACUUUUUUCCUUUAGGAAAAUUGGUACUGACAAUUAUGUUGAAUGUAGAAUUGGGUUUAAAUGUGAACAGGCCAGAAAUGCCUGGUUUGUUUCAUCAAAUCCUGCCUGAAUGUCCGCUUGUUUUGCCUCCGUCGUGACAUCUCCAUGGCUGUACCACCUUGUCGGGUAGCUUAUCAGACUGAUGUUGACUGUUGAAUCUCAUGGCAACAGCAGUCGAUGGGCUGUCUGACAUUUUGGUAUCUUUCAUCUGACCAUCCAUAUCAAAUGUUCCCAUUCAAACAUUACCCAGCAUCAUGGUUUACAAGUUUAAGGGGAAAAAAAAAAACUGGUUCUUAUGUCUAGUGGCACUUUGAAUCUUUUAUGCCAUGAUAUUGCGGUAGUAUCAAGAGGAUUUAUUGGAAGAUUGGGUUAGUCUCUGUGAGCAAAGCUAAAUAAAUAACGGACAAGCAACCUGCUUUGUGGGUUUUGGAAAGGUUACUUCUUAACGGUCUUUCUUCUCUGCCCAGGGACCUUCUGGCCAUGUGGCUUUUAACCUUGCUUGAAAAGCAGUAACCGAAUGCUUUAUCUUCUAUAGAUUCACAUUAACCAACGUAAGUUUUUAGAUUCUUCAGGGUUAGUGUGUUUCUAAAUCAGCUUCCUGUUGUGUUUCAUCUCCUUCACCUGCAUUUUAUUUGGUGUUUGUCUGAAGAAAGGAAAGAGGAAAGCAAAUAUGAAUUGUACUAUUUGUACGAAAUCUUUGGGGUUAGUUGGUAAAUUUAUUUCAGGGUAAGGUAUUCAAAAAAAGGAAGACUUUUUUCUUAGGCUGAAGGUCUAAAUGAUUAUAAUACAUUUGACGCAUGAUAACGGCUUGUUCACUCUUUCAAAUGAAUUUGCUUUGAAAACAAAUGAAGAGCAGCUUUCCUCUUCCCUCCGCUAAGUGUCAGGUGUGGCAUGCGCAGCCGAUCCAGUCGACCCUUCUGUUCCAGCGGUUGGUUUGUCCCUUUCUUUUAUCCACCAGAGUGAAUCCCAAAGACGUACCUAGUUAAUUCCAGCUAACUGGAGACCAGAAAAUUUGUAAAUGAGUGGUUUGGUAUUACUGCAAAUAAAAAGGGCCUGGGAA